CAGGGACACAGCACACAGCAUGCUCGGAUCAGUGGCCUCGGAUCUGUCUCCGCGGCGCGGGUUGACCCGGGCCGGUAGAAGCAUCCCCCUCCGAUCUCUUUCUCCAUGUCAGUCUCCAUCGGAGCUCCAUCAGGUCGGAGCGCGUCGACGUGUGGAUACUGCUCACCCAAUGGGGAACGCUCAGCAACUCGAUCCAGUCGGAACUCAGCUGGCCUAGUAGCCUACAGGCUGUCCUGUGAUGUUUACCAGAAAAUGAUCGAUCGCGGCUGGCGACGCUCAGGAACAUACUGCUACAAACCAGAUCUGAAAGCCUCUUGCUGUCCAGCAUAUACCAUCAAACUGGAGGCCGAGCAUUUGGUGGUCUCGAAAAGCAAGAAGAAAAUUCUCAAUCGUUGGAACCGCUAUAUCGUCCAUGGCAAAGGCAGUGAUAAGGAUCAACCCGCUGCCAAGAAAUCCAAAUCAACGGAGCCCUUCUCCCUGAGUAGGGCAAUCCAUGCCUCGGAGAACUUGGAUCCAUCUGAAAGCACACAUCGCUUCGAAGUCUCCUUGGAAGCCGCCUCAUAUAGCAGCGAAAAGUUUGAUCUGUACUGCAAGUAUCAGAGGGUGAUCCACAAGGACCUACACAAUCCGUCGCAGGGAUUCAAGCGAUUUCUUGUACAGUCUCCCCUGACAAUGACUCCCAUCGGAUAUUCGAGCCCGUCACCUCCGUCUCACCUGCCAUCGCACUAUGGCUCCCACCACCAAAUGUACCGAUGCGAUGGCAAACUGAUCGCCAUUGGGGUGCUCGACAUAUUGCCGAAUUGUGUGUCCAGCGUGUACUUUAUGUAUGAUCCUGAAUGGGAGGAGUUCUCGCUGGGAAAGCUCAGCGCGCUUCGAGAGGCAUCGCUUGCAGUAGAGAUGAAGCAUGCCGGCGUCACGGACAUGCGCUACCUCUACAUGGGCUUCUAUAUCCACUCGUGCCCGAAAAUGCGAUAUAAAGGCGACUAUUCACCGUCGUUUCUCGCCGAUCCAGAAACAUACGCAUGGUUCACCCUCGAAGCAUGCAUCCCUGCGCUCGAAAAACAUCGUUACGUAUCAUUCGCCAAUCCCGAGAACUCUGUCAGCCAAAUUGUGGAGCCCAGUCAGUGCCAUCCUUGCCGUCACCCUCGCAAUGAAACAUUUCUAGGCGAUGCUGAGCUCCAUCUGGAAGAGGAGAUCCUAAAGAAGGUAAAAAUAAUCAGGAGCAUCCGAAACGGGACAAUCUCUGUGAUUCCGUUGAACGAAUCUCCGCACUGGACCGAUGAAGACUUCCGCGCGGACUGCGCGGACUGUAUAACAGGUUUAGGCCCUGAACUGUCAAGAGAGAUUGUAUUCUUGCACGAAAACUUCUUGUAACAACCCAAUGUUCCGAAAACCCAUCGAGGACUGAAACUCACGUGACCGCGUUCCCGGACCGAUCCGGACACCGCGUCUUUACUCUUCCCCACAAUGUUUCGUCGAGCGCUCGGGCCAGUCUGGACAUAUGGCAGAUGGUUACCUCUAGUCUUGAUGUUCGGGGACAUGUACCAGCUCAAAAUCAUAGACGGCCGAAGCAUGCAGCAAACACUCAACCCGGACUCCUCCCUCCUCUGGCGGGACGUUGGGCUCUUUGACCGACUAUCAGUUCUUCUGAGCGGAAAUCUGCGCAGAGGCGAUAUCGUUCUGUUCAAGUCUCCAGCCGAUCCAGAAUAUGUGAUGAUCAAACGCAUUGUCGCGUUGGAAGGCGACAUCGUCCGCCCGUUACCGCCCUAUCCGGACGAGAAGAUCCGUGUGCCACAGGGGCAUGCGUGGGUGGAAGGAGAUGGUUUCCAUAGUAGAGACAGCAAUACUUGGGGACCGAUCCCUCUCGGGCUCGUUCAUUCGCGCUUGGUAUGCCUCGUUUGGCCGUGGUGGAGACUUGGAACGCCAUUAGAAACGCCACCGAAUCCCCGCGUCGGAGGAAGCCCCAACAUCGCUAGCGCUAUGUAGCUGUAUUUACAAGCCCUCAUUACUUGCUAUUAUGGUGUUUGACGCGAAUGGACGCGCUCGAGAAGUCUCAGUAGCCGGAUGACUUGUUAGAUCACGGGCGACACCCCGGGUCCGACGACCCUGAGUCCUCUCUCCCUCCCUCUCUUUCCCAAAUUAUCGCAAGAUGUCCGCCUCGUUGUCCUCUCACUUUGACUUCCUCCUCGGAACACGAGCCCAAGAAGCCUCUGGUCGCGACGCCCGGGGUGUGGUCGAAGAAUGGGGCAGUUUCGGCAAGACCGCGCAAGAAACGGACGUCGGUCCAGCAGAUGGGGAGGCGGAGGAUGGUCAGUGGGACUCGGUCGUCGACACCUUCCGCGCGUCGUCUUCUUCCAGCGUCCCUCCAUCCGGCGUCCUCGCGAAGCUUCUUCAAAAACCGGCCGUCGAACCCAUCCUGCAAUCCCUGCACGCACUGCUAUCGCGGCCACAGAGUGACGAUAUCUCCGGAGAUGUUGUUGAAAUCGUGGGUUAUGAAGACAUGGAGCUCGUCAUGGAGAUAUUGCAGGAGGAUCGGAGCGCGCUCGCGAAGCAGAUCGAACAUUUCCAACACUCGUCAUCUGUGGCCUCCUCCUCGUCGACACCUGCUCCAUUGACCGGGCUCUCCUCCCAUGAAUCUCAACUGCGGAUACGCGAAACACUGCGGCAGAACGCCGCUAGGCCGUUAUUUACUGGGACAGCAGAAGCAGCGCCGGAAGUGCUGCCCCACAUCUACAGCUCGAGCACUAUGGCACAGGGGAACGUCCUCUCGCAUCUGGGGAGCAAGUUUAUGCUGCCUCUCGGGACCGUCCGCACCGAAUACGAAGACCACGAGGAGGUCGUCAUUCCGCCGGCCAGAGCCAUCCCGCCACGAAGCACCGAGCGUCUUGUGCCUGUUGCCGAGUUGGAUCCCCUCGCACGCGACUGUUUCCCUGGCUACAAAACACUGAAUCGAAUACAGUCGAUCGUGUUUCCUACUGCCUACGGCACCAACGAAAAUAUGCUCAUCUGUGCACCCACCGGAGCUGGUAAAACCGACGUGGCCAUGCUGACUAUCCUGCGCGUUCUUGACCAGCAUCGGAGUCUGGAUAUGGGGAACGUGCCUUUGGCGUCGACGAUAAACAAGUCGACGUUCAAAAUCAUCUACGUGGCGCCCAUGAAAGCCCUCGCGUCGGAAAUCGUGCGCAAGUUCAGCAAACGGCUGGCCUGGCUGAACAUUGAAGUCCGUGAACUUACUGGCGAUAUGCAACUGACCAAGGCGGAAAUCGCGCAGACACAGGUGAUUGUGACGACUCCCGAGAAGUGGGAUGUCGUGACAAGGAAACCGACCGGGGAAGGAGAACUCGCAUCGAGUCUCAAACUGCUCAUCAUCGAUGAGGUGCAUCUGCUGAACGAAGAGCGAGGAGCGGUCAUCGAGACGAUCGUUGCACGGACGUUGCGCCAGGUCGAGUCGAGCCAGUCGGUCAUCCGGAUCGUAGGCCUCAGUGCGACGCUUCCUAAUUAUAUCGAUGUGUCCGACUUUCUUUGUGUCUCUCGACAACGGGGCCUGUUUUACUUCGACUCGUCAUUCCGGCCGGUGCCGCUCGAACAGCACUUUCUGGGGAUCAAAGGCAAAGCAGGCAGCGCCCUGUCGAAAAAGAACCUGGACAAGGUCACGUUCCAAAAGGUGUCCGAGCUCGUCGAGCAGGGCCACCAGGUGAUGGUGUUCGUCCACGCGCGCAAGGAAACCGUCAAAUCCGCGCUCGCAUUGAAAGAGGCGACCGUGCUCGAGGGCAACGCGGACGACUUUAGCUGCCAAGACCACCCGCAGUGGAGCUUCUUCCGGAGGAGCGUCGGCGAGUCCAGGAACAAGGAGAUGAAGCAGUUGUUCGAUGCUGGGUUUGGGAUCCACCAUGCGGGCAUGCUGCGCUCAGACAGGAACAUGAUGGAACGGAUGUUUGAGGCUCGGGCGAUCAAGGUCCUCUGCUGCACAGCGACGCUCGCUUGGGGUGUCAAUUUGCCAGCGCAUGCCGUCGUCAUCAAGGGCACGCAAGUGUACGACAGCGCUCGCGGUGCCUUUGUCGAUCUGUCCGUUCUCGAUGUUCUGCAGGUGUUCGGUCGUGCGGGGCGACCUGGGCUAGAGACUAGCGGAGAAGGAUACAUCUGCACAACACAUGACAAGCUCGACCACUACCUUCAGGCCAUCUUGUCUCAGAAUCCAAUAGAGUCUCAAUUCCAGGCGGGUAUGGUUGACGCGCUCAACGCGGAGAUUUCGCUAGGAACGGUCGCCAAUGUGCGAGACGGGGUGCGCUGGCUGGGAUACACCUACCUUCUGAAUUGCAUUGAACUCUCCCCAGGUAUCGCACGCGAUUCGGCCGGAGACGAUCCCAACCUCGGACACAAACGACACGAGCUGAUCACGUUCGCCGCCAAGAAGCUGGCCGAGGUGAAUAUGGUCAAUUUCGACGCCACCACGGGCGACCUUACUGUCACCGACGUGGGCAGGAUCGCUGCGCGCUAUUACAUCCGGCACACAUCGAUAGAGGUGUUCAAGAAAGAGUUCCGGCCGAAGAUGUCCGAAGCGGAUGUGCUCGCCAUGCUCAGUAUGAGCACCGAGUUCUCCCAAAUCCAAGUGCGCGAGUCUGAGCUGAAAGAGCUGGAGUCAAUCAAGGAAAUCAUUCCUUGCGACGUCAAGGGCGGAGUCGAGAACUCGUACGGCAAAGUGAAUAUCCUGCUCCAAGGCUUCAUCUCCCGACUCCCUGUGGACGACUUUGCGCUGGUGUCCGACACCGCUUACGCAGCCCAGAACGGCGGCCGUAUCGUGCGCGCGCUGCUCGAGAUCGCCAUCAGCCGCAAGUGGGCGAACGUGUCUGCGGUGCUGAUGGGCCUGAGCAAAGCUAUUGAGAAGCGGCUGUGGCCGUUCGAUCAGCCGCUGAAGCAGUUUGAACUGAAAGGGGAUGUGUUCUAUGGGCUGGAGAGAUGGGCGGAUGAGUGGUCCCCCGCUGAGCUGGCUGCGCAGAGUGCGGAGGAGCUGGGCCGCCUGAUCCACUCGAACGAGCACCACGGACAAGCGUUGCUGAACGCGGCGAAGCAGUUUCCCACCGUGCAGAUAACAUACAGUCUGCGUCCUCUCGGGUUCGAUGUGCUGAAGAUCGCGGCUCAGGUGAAGCCCAAGUUCACGUGGAACAACAGGAUACACGGCUCGAGCGAGCCGUUCUGGCUGUGGGUCGAGGAUCACGAUGGGAUACACAUCCUGCAGCUCGCAAACCUUCUGCUCCGGCCGACGACAGAUCUCGUCGACGUGGACUUUGUCAUCUCGAUCCCUGACGGCCAGCCUCCGCCCUCCGUGACGAUCCGGUUUGUGUCGGACCGGUGGAUGGGAGCCGAGGACGAGGUGUUGAUCCCGCUGGACUCGCUGGUCAUGCCCCAGGCGUCCCACAGCCACAGCCCGCGACUCGACUUGCCGUUCCUCAGUCCCUCGAUCCUGCGCAAUUCGGCUGUGGAGAAGCUGUUUGCCGGCCACGUGCACAACUUCAACUCGAUACAGACGCAGUCGCUCUGGACGGUGCUGAAUACCAAGUGGCACACGCUGCUCAGCGCGCCGGGAGGCAGCGGGAAGAGCAUCUUGAUCCAGGUUUUGAUCUGGAUGACGGUAUCGCGCGCGGCUGACUCGUGGGUGCUUGUCGUUGCUCCGAGGAGGAGCGUCGCUUGGGAGCUGCUGUCGGACAUGCGGCCGGGGACCAGGGCGUUGGGCGUUUCACUGGAACUACACACUGGCCAGGACACGCUUACCCGGCCCAAGGGUCGGGCCAUCCGCAUUGUCACUGCAGACCAUUUGCUCCAGGUCGUUUCUGCCCGGAACGGUAAGCCGGUGCGGGGCCUGGAUCUCGUCGUAUGCGAGAAUCUGGAGCAUCUGGAGCCCGCGUACGAGCUCGGGGUCUCUCUGCUACAGCAUGCGGUGCAGACCAGCCCGACCCGCUUCGUGGGCGUGACGAGCUCUCUGCGGGAUCCGACGGACGUGGCGACCUGGCUGCGGGUGGAUCCCGCCGCGCUGCUGAGUUUCCGGCCCGGCGAUCGCGACCAGGCGCUGGCGACCACCGUGCAGACGUUCAGCAUCCCGCACUCCGCGUCCCUCUUCAAAGCCAUGGCGAAGCCGACGCACGCUGCGAUCCAAAGCUGUCCGCCGGGCGAGUCCGCGAUCGUGUUCGUCCCAUCGAGAGGCCAGUGCCGCCCCAUCGCCUACGAUCUGAUCACGCAAUGUGCGCUCGAGCAGGAGACCGACGCAGGCUACCUCCCGGAAGGCAUGUCGCACGAACGGCUCGAAGACGCGCUCGCCCGACUCCGCGACGCGUCCCUCGUCGACAUCGUGUCACGUGGCAUCGGGUUCUUCCACGAGGGCAUCCCCAAGCCAGACCGGAAUCUGAUGCUCGAGCUGUACGCGGAGGGCGUCAUCCGCGUGCUGCUCGUCCCGCACGACUCGUGCUGGACGCUCCCGAUCCGCGCGGCGGUCGUCGUCGUCAUGGGCGCCCAGUCCACGCUCCACGGCGGCUCCCACGACCGCCAGCCGCGCGACUACACCCUCGUCGAGAUGGUGCGCAUGCAGAGCCGCGCCGUCAGGCACGGGGCCGCGGGCCACUUCUUCCUCUUCUGUCAGGCCGAGGGGAAGGACACGUUCGUCCGGUUCCUCAACGACGGGCUGCCGCUGGAAUCGGGGCUGCUUCGCUCACCAGAAUUGCGCGCUUGGUACCAGAACCAGGGGCACAGGGAGCUCAGCAACCAGCAGCUGGUGGAUGCCCUGUCGUUCACGUUCCUCUCUCGCCGCCUCGCCUCCAAUCCGACAUACUACGACUGCCUCCAGAGCUCGCGCGACGAGAACCUAUCCCGUACCGUUGAUGAUCUAGUUUACGCCGCAGCAUGA